CAGCUUGCGCAUGCUUGGAGGGCGGAAGACGAGGAUUGCAACAUGGGGGAUCCCGAGCCAGAAUCGGAGCAGAUUCGCCUGAAGUGCAUACGGCGGGACGGUUUCUUCACGGUGCCUCCGGAGGACAGGCUGGGACAGUGCCGGAGCGUGAAGGAGUUCGAAAAGCUGAAUCGGAUUGGGGAAGGCACCUAUGGCAUCGUGUAUCGGGCCCGAGACACCCAGACAGAUGAAAUCGUGGCCCUGAAGAAGGUUCGGAUGGACAAGGAGAAGGAUGGGAUCCCCAUUAGCAGCCUCCGGGAAAUCACGCUGCUCCUUCGGCUUCGUCACCCCAACAUCGUGGAGCUGAAGGAGGUGGUUGUGGGAAACCACCUGGAGAGCAUCUUCCUGGUGAUGGGUUACUGUGAGCAGGACCUCGCCAGCCUCCUGGAGAACAUGCAGACACCCUUUUCAGAGGCUCAGGUAAAGUGUAUCAUUUUGCAAGUCCUCAAGGGCCUUCAAUACCUUCACAAAAACUUCAUCAUUCACAGGGAUUUAAAGGUUUCCAAUUUGCUUAUGACAGAUAAGGGCUGUGUUAAGACCGCUGAUUUUGGCCUGGCUCGGGCUUAUGGUGUUCCUGUGAAGCCAAUGACCCCCAAAGUGGUCACCCUCUGGUACCGGGCCCCCGAACUCCUCUUGGGAACAGCAACCCAAACUACCAGCAUCGACAUGUGGGCCGUGGGCUGCAUCUUGGCCGAGUUGUUGGCUCAUAAGCCCCUCCUCCCAGGCAGUUCUGAGAUCCACCAGAUCGACCUGAUUGUGCAGCUGCUUGGGACACCCAACGAGAACAUCUGGCCGGGCUUUUCCAAGUUGCCUCUAGUCAGCCAGUAUAGCCUGAGGAAACAGCCAUACAACAACCUCAAACACAAGUUUCCAUGGCUCUCUGAGGCAGGGUUACGUCUGCUCAAUUUCCUCUUCAUGUACGACCCAAAGAAAAGGGCCACAGCUGGGGACUGCUUGGAAAGCUCCUACUUCAAAGAAAAGCCAUUGCCCUGUGAGCCUGAGCUCAUGCCCACCUUCCCUCAUCAUCGGAACAAGCGGGCAGCCACAAGCGCUACCACCAAUGCCGGGGCUGAGAGCCAGGGCAAGCGCAGCAAGCCCUGAGGCGGCUUCUGGGGCCUACCCCAGACUCCGGGCUGACCAGAAACAGGAGCUGCAUCCUUGGAGGAGGUCACAAAGUCAGGCUCUCCUCACUCCUCUGCCUUAGGGGAGGUCAGGAAGGGGUCACAUUAUUCGUUCUGCCUCAGUGUCCUCUCCCCUGAAGCCACCUCAGCUGCUUUGAAGUUCUGAAUUGUCCCCAAAGGUCGCUGUGGCAGGUCCCCAAAAGCCAGAACCGGAGUGGCCGGCUAGACUGGACUGUGUUCUGAGAGCCGGCCUGGUGCAGUGUGGAUUGGCCAGCCGACAAGUAAUGAGUGUUUUCAGCCAUGAUAACUUAGGAAGACUUUGUUCUGAAGGGCGGCAGGAUCACAAGUCUACUGCCACACUGAUGAAAUCAGAGCUCUCUGAAGCAGGCAUCAGCCUCUGCCGUAACGCAGGCCCAGUCUUCUCACUCAAAAACAAGCAGAACUCCCGGGGUGGGUGUCGGAGCCAGCUUGGCCGGCAUGAAGAGGUGGGGGACCCGAGCAGCUGUUUGGCUCCUGGGGCGUCUCAGCUUUUGCUCCAGGGCACAUGGGAGGUUCCAGGAGCCUUCUGCAGCCUCGGCCAUCACGUUUGGUUUCCAGUUCUCUGGGCCUAGCACAUCGCAGGUGGUGCAAGGACAUUCUACUCAUUUUCCUUCUCCUUCAGGUCACACCUUCAGCUGUGGUGUUAGGGCAAAGGAUUAUAUUAAUGCUUCCUCUGCCCUUUGCCCUUCUUAGCUUCCCAUUCAGUAAAAAUCACCCCCUUCUUUCAGGUGGAUUAGGGAGGCUGAGGCACCAGGUACUCAGAGUUGGGUGAAGAUUGAUUUGUAAGUCGUCCGGUGAGCGCUGGCCGGACACCUGCCACCGUCCGCUGAGAACGGGCGGCCCCUAGGACUCACCUCGGGCCCUCAGCAGACACCUCUGGGACUUUCUCUGGCCUUCUGCUUAGUGCUGCAGCUGGCAGGAAUGAGGCUGGAACAGGGAGAGAAUUUGGUUUUCCCUACCUGGAAGACAGACACAAGGUUUGGGGAGGGAAAGGAGGAAUGGGCUGGAGAGAUCCAUCCGUGUUCCAGUCAGCUCUUACCUGCUUCCUUCUUUGCAGGAGAGGAGGUCUAGCAGGGCUCUGUCUGUGGAGCUGCCUGAUGGGCAGACACAAAGCCGUAAGCACUGGGGCUAGUGUGUUCAUCCCUGGUGCUGAGCUGCCCUCAAGGGAGGGGCCUCGGGAGGUCUGGAUGUCACGAAGAGCUGAAGGGAACAGGGAUCCUGUCGUAUCCUGGUGGAAAUAACGUUCUGUCCCCAGGACCCUGUGGGGGGGCCUCAGCAGCCUUUCACGAACAUGCCCAGGAGCUCUGGGGACUGAUGAGGGGUAGAGACAGCCUCCUGUCCCAGGGGAGCCAAAAUCACACCCUCUGUAAGAGGGCACUGGGGGGAGAUGGGUUUGUUCAAAUGCAGCUUUUGAAGAGUGUUUUAAAGACUAGUCUUUGAAUGCUA